AUGACUGUUGCUCCACAAAAAACCAUCUGUGUGUUUUGCGGCCUGUCGUUUGGCAAAAACCCGUCAUACGCCGAGAAUGCCACUGAAUUGGGUGCCAUGUUGGCAGCCCGCAAGUGGGGUCUUGUUUAUGGCGGAGGCUCAACCGGACUCAUGGGCGCUGUUGCCCGUGGAUGCGCUACAGCAGGCGGCUAUGUUCACGGAAUCAUCCCAGAAGCGUUGGUCACCCGUGAGAGGGUUAGUGACGCCGAAUUCAAUGCCAAAUUGCAGCAGGGAAUCGAGCACCACGUGGGCUCGACCCCAAUCCCGGACCUGAAGGAGUAUGGAAAGACCACGUUGGUGGGGGACAUGCACACACGCAAGCGGAUGAUGGCGCAGGAGGCGGAUGCGUUUGUGGCGUUGCCAGGUGGCUACGGAACCAUGGAAGAGCUUAUGGAGGUUGUCACCUGGCACCAGUUGAACAUCCACGACAAGCCAAUUGUGGUGUUCAACAUGAACGGCUUCUACGACAGCUUCUUGAGCUGGAUCCGCGAGGCUAUUGACUCCGAAUUUGUGUCGGUGAAAAACGGUGAUAUCAUCCAGGUGGCCACUUCGCCGGAAGAAGUCUUGCUGGCCAUUGAAAACUACAAAGUUCCAGAGGGACGCUUCAACUUGAACUGGAGCAACACAUAG